UAUUUAUGAAAAUAUGUCUCCAACAUAGUAAACGCAAUAGAAAACUUCUAAGUGUACCCAGAUAAGCUAACCCGGGCAGCGGCGGUGGACAGGCACCCUGCCAAUUAUCUAAUGGAUGUUUUGCAAUAAUAUCGAUAAGCAUUUAUACCAAUUAUGUAUAAUAUGUACGUAGAUGUAUAUUGAGUUCCACUAAAUUCGUAUUUUUGUUUAAAUAAAAUAGAAAAAAUAACAAAUUCGAUAUUUUAUCAAUUAAUUUUACAAAAGCUGUUAAUUUUUUAUUUGACUUUUAUUUUCUGUAUAAACCAAAUAACAAAAAUUUUGUGUAUAUUACUUUUUUUUGCAAAUAUAUUAUGUGAAGGUCCAAACAAUUUCUUAAACAUAUACAAAUAUGUGUUUAAAAUUUUUUCUUUGAAAUAUGUUAAGGUUGGCAUGAAAAAGAUUCUCCAGGUAAAACAAUAGAUAAUCACAGGCAUGAAAUACAUUUAUGGACAAAGUAGUAGGUUUAAGCAGUUUUAGUAAUUAACUUUAAUAUAUUUGCAAUUAAAACAAUUUUAUUUUAGUUAUAUCUUUGCUAUACAUUAUUAAACCUAAAUAAGUCGGAAAUCUUUCGUUCCGAAUAGUAUAACUGAAAUUUUCCUAAAUAAGAAAUAGUAUUGGUCAAAAUAAUAGGUGUAAAAUAUUAAAAAAAAACAAUAAAUUCAAUUUAUUCCUUAUCGCGGGUUUUUAAUAACUGGUUUUUAAAGUUUUCCAAUUCUAUUCGUUAUGGGUUAAUUUAAUUUUUACCAUGUUUCCAAUGGGGUAUAAUUAUAAAGUUCGUUUGCGCUCGCCAGAUGAAUGGGUUGAAAUAUCCAAUUUUCUUCAUAAAAAUCUUUAUCAAAAGCAAUGAUCUCGCUAUCUAUUUGAUUAAUGUAUACUUCGGCAUUCACCUUAGUCGGUAAAUAGUACAUAUGGAGCUAACGGCAGCCCAUACCAAUAAAAUUCUCUCUCAAUGGUUUCACUUAUAGCAAUUCUCUCUUGGUUUUCGUGUAUUACGCCAAUAUUUAAGAUGGCGAUCGGAUGGUCCAAACUUUUUCCAUCACUAAAAAUAACGUUUGCAAACUCGUACUUCCAAACCCGGUAUUUGUCGCAAACCAAAAUACGGGCAUCUUUAUGUCGCAUAUUCAAUCGCGACUGGGCUACUUUUGAUUCAAACUUAAUUUCAUGCUUCAUAAUUUGCUGAAAACGCUGCUUAUUGAUUGGUAUGCCUAAUUCUCAUGCUUUCGCUAGUUGCUAAAUGACAAAUGCGUCUCUUGGUCCGUUUAUCAACUGUUGGUAACCGACCAAUACGCUUGUUAUCAUUAUUGUUUUGACGAUGUUUCAAAUAAUUUGUGACUGUAUUACGAUGUCGGUUCACUGAAGCAGCAAUUCGACCAAUUUUUAUUCGGGUUUCAUGCAUUCAUUUUUUCACUGAUAAUUCCUUUACGAAGGUAUGUAAGCGGUCAUUAAAACCAAAUGCUUAAGCACAAAAAAAUCAAAGACAGCCAUUUACAUUCAAAUGAAUUUGUAUAUUAGCUUCACCCUUUUCAUGACAGGUGUCAGCAAUUUAACAAAAAGGGGGUGGAAAAAUCAACCUGCGUUGCUUUUGUUUAAUUUUUAAGAUCCUACGUGUUAUUGUUGUUACAACAAAGAGUUUUUAGGAUUAGUGCUAUGUUGAUGGUUACUCGGUUAUAAUUCUGCACAUUGGGCAACUGUACAAACUCUCCGUCUCCUAACAUUAGUAAAAAUAUUUAAUAAUCCUCUGGAUAGUAACGUGUCGAAUAUAAAUACAAGACGAAGAAGAAGUCUGGUGACUUGACGAAUAUAAAAAAUGUCUGUAUAUUAAUGGUCCCAUUAGUGAUAAAUAACAAUUUAACUUUCCAUGUUUGAGAUUAUUCCUAAACAUUAAAGUAAACAAGUAAAUUUGUUUGCCCCUAAAAUCACACUUUAGUAGCGGCUCGAACAGCUGAUAAACAAAAGAACACCAAUUGCUGAUCGGCGAUCAGUUGUUUUCAACCAAAAAUACGCGUUCGUCCAUACAUAAGUACAUAACGAGUCGUGUAUUUAUAUAUUAAAAGAGCACAUCUAGACCCGAAAAGAUGUUCACAUUAAGAACUUUAUUAAAACCCAAUAUAAAUAUAACGCUUCGUACUAUUGCAACGAGCAGAGGUACACCCAAUGCUGUGCGUAUUGUUGAGGUUGGACCAAGAGAUGGUCUACAAAAUGAACCAAAAUUGCUACCGGCCUCAGUGAAAAUUGCACUAAUCAACCAAUUGUCCGAGACAGGCCUACGCACCAUUGAGGCCACAUCCUUUGUUAGUCCAAAAUGGGUGCCACAAAUGGGCGACAACACGGAAGUGCUGCGUGGCAUACAGAAGCGAACGGGUAUCACUUAUCCAGUGUUAACGCCUAAUUUAAAAGGCUUCGAAAGCGCUCUAAAAGCAGGUGCAACCGAAGUAGCCGUCUUUGGUGCAGCAUCCGACUCCUUUUCAAUGAAAAAUAUAAAUUGCACAGCAGCUGAAAGUAUCAAACGCUUCCAACCGGUCAUAGAAGCGGCACAAAGGGCUGAAGUUAAAGUACGCGGCUAUGUAUCUACAGUGGUUGGUUGUCCUUAUGAGGGCGCUGUGAAGCCUAGCGCUGUGGCAAAAAUUGUGAACGCACUUUUCAGUUUGGGUUGUUAUGAGAUAUCAUUGGGCGACACAAUCGGCGUAGGUACACCUGGUUCUAUGCGCCGCAUGUUGGAUGAAGUAGUGAAAGUUGUACCGCCAAAGAAAUUGGCAGUGCAUUGUCAUGACACCUACGGGCAAGCGUUAGCCAACAUUCUUGUCUCCUUAGAAUAUGGCAUAUCAGUUGUUGAUUCCUCGGUGUCAGGGCUCGGCGGUUGUCCAUACGCGCGCGGUGCUUCCGGCAAUGUGGCCACAGAAGAUGUAGUUUAUAUGCUGCAUGGAAUGGGUAUUGAAACAGGAGUAGAUCUAGAGAAAUUAAUAGCGGUCGGUCGCUACAUAUGCAAUGAGUUGGGCCGUCCAUCCGAAUCUAAAGUAAAUCGUGCUUGGAAGGGGGCGACACCACAGAAAAUAAAAGAGAAUUGCUAACAGAAAAAUAUUGGCAUGAAUCCUUUGAAAUUGACACCGAAACUGCGAUAAUAUUGCAUUUAUUAAACUAGCUUUACUAGUCUAUGCAUUUAUUUUAAUUGUAAAAAUAAAGACAAACUUCAAUCCAGCAAACAA